AUAGUGUAAGCUCCUUUCCCAAAGUCUCACUAUUUCUACACCUGCUUUCUGCUGUUUGGCGUCUCAGCAUGGACAGCACGGCUUCUUUCCUCGGCACAUCCGAUGCGACAGUCGGAGGACAACCCUGAUCCUGUCCUGUCGUCGCCUCCGCUGCCGUGCUUCUGCAAUGACCUGCUGCCUCUGGCCAGAUCCGUCCACCUUGCGGUCGCCAGGUGCCUUCGCCGACUCUUGAUGAGCGACUCCUGGAUUGUGUACUGGAUUUGAUUCGGAUCCCUGGACCCUGGCUGACGUGUACCUGCAGUGCUUCACCCUCCUCUGCGGGACGGUUGAAGGGGAGCCGGAGGCUAUGCCCACUCUUCCCAGUCUAAACAGCUUGGGAAAGCUGUGCAGCUCCAGCCACAGCCAAAAUGUGGACCGGGUCCGGCUCAAGCGCAAGAGCUCGGUCAAGCGAAUGUCUAUCAUUGAGGAUGGACAGGUCGCCGAGGUGCUGUAUCUCAUUCCCAAACAGUACAUGGAGCAGUUGCCCUACCUCAACCCGAAUGACUAUUACCUCAGUGAGCGGCUUCACGAUAUUCCCACAGUGGCCCAUGCAAAGGACACGCACCACCAUGCCACCGAGAAGCCCCUGAUUCAGUGCUACAAGUGUGGGCAGCCAUGUAAGGGCGAGGUGCUGCGGGUGCAGAGCAAGCACUUCCAUCUCAAGUGCUUCACCUGUAAAGUGUGCGGCUGUGACCUGGCUCAGGGGGGCUUCUUCAUGAAGAAUGGAGAGUAUCUGUGCACGCUGGACUACCAACGAAUGCACGGCACGCGCUGCAAUGGGUGUGGGGACUUUGUGGAAGGGGAAGUGGUUACUGCCCUGGGCAAGACGUAUCACCCUGCCUGCUUCGUCUGCACCAUCUGCAAACGACCGUUCCCUGCCGGGGAUAGGGUGACCUUCAACGGGAAGGAUUGUUUGUGCCAGUAUUGUGUGGAACCGAUGUCUCCAGGACCCAAGGACAUCCUGGGCUCCAGCAAUUGUGCGGGGUGUGGUCGGGAUAUAAAAAAUGGCCAGGCUCUCCUCGCGCUAGACCGACAGUGGCAUCUAGGCUGCUUUAAAUGUAAGGCCUGCAGCAAAGUGCUUACCGGGGAGUACAUCAGCAAGGAUGGAGCCCCCUACUGUGAGAAGGACUACCAGACCCACUUUGGAGUUCAGUGCGAGGCGUGUCAUCAGUUUAUCACAGGAAAGGUUCUAGAGGCCGGAGAUAAGCACUACCACCCGAGCUGUGCGCGUUGCAGCAGGUGCAAUCAGAUGUUCACAGAAGGAGAGGAGAUGUAUCUGCAAGGAUCAACAGUCUGGCAUCCUGGGUGCAAGAACACCACAAGGACAGAGGAGAGACACAGGGAGCGGCCGACGCGGUCGUCAUCUGAAAGUAUUAAUUCCAGACCUUGUUCAAGCAUACCGGGCUCACCGGGUCACACCAUCUAUGCAAAAGUAGACAAUGAAAUCCUUGAUUACAGAGACCUAGCUGCCAUCCCCAAAGUCAAAGCCAUUUAUGACAUUGAGCGUCCCGAUCUUAUUACCUAUGAGCCUAUGUACUCCACCUCCCUGGACGAGAGAGAAGAGAGACGAGAAAGUGUGGGAGAGUUGCAAACUACAAGGAGGGAGCGUUCACCUUUGCCUGAUGAAAAGUUGUUAAGAAACAUGUCGACGACUCCACCCGCUGAGGGCUCCUAUGACAGGAGAGAACGCAUCCUCCAUCGGUCGACCAGUCAAGGCUCCAUCGGCUCUCCUGUUUAUAAUCGCCAUGGUUACAUCCCCACCUUAUCACGGUCUCCGCAGCAUUUUCACAGGCCAGAGGCUCUAACCGGCAUGCAGAAGCUCUGUUCCUCCCUGUGCAGUAACAGUGUGGGCUCCAGAAUUAGUGACUCCCGUCCCACCUCCCCUUUCAGACACCACUUCCUACCCCAUAGUCAAGGCACCGACCCGCCGAGCGGCCGGAGCUCCCCUCUCCCGCUCAGGCCCGACAGCCGGCCGGUCACCCCGCCUCUCUCUCAGACCCCUAAACAUUUCCACCUCCCAGAUCAGGGCAGCAACAUCUACAGGAAGCCACCCAUCUACAAACAACACGGGACAGAAGGGAGGAGAAGAUCGAGAGAAGAGGAGGAAGAGGAGGCCUUAAAAAGAAAACAGCUGCAGGAGGAGCAUCUCAACAAGAUCCAGUCUGGUUUGGGGAAGCUGAUUCUGAAGGAAGAGAUGGAGAAAGAGCAGAUCAGGGAUCGCCAUGCGCGCAGCCACUCCGCCCAGCGCUACGACCCCAAACAGAGCAACUGUGACGCAGAUCCGCCUUCACCAACCAAAACCAACUCUCUGCCCGGAUACGGAAGAAACGGCCUUCAUCGACCCCAGUCCACGGACUUCACCCAGUACAACAGUUACGGCGACAUGUGUGGAGGAGGCAGAGAGUUUCAGCACAUUAAGGAUGGCCGUGCAGCACUUGCAAGGAUGGACAGGGGAGUAUCUAUGCCUAAUAUGUUGGAACCAAAAGUGUAUCCCUAUGAAAUGCUCAUGAUAACCAGUAGAGGGAGAGCUAAACUGCCCAGAGAUGUGGACAGAACCAGGCUGGAGCGCCACUUAGCACCUGACACGUUCUUUGACAUCUUUGGAAUGGAGAUCCAGGAGUUUGACAGACUUCCUCUGUGGAAACGCAACGACAUGAAAAAGAGGGCCAAACUCUUCUAACAGCCGCAUGAACGUCCUGUACAUUCUCCCAGAUAGCACACGACAACUGUAUCCUAGUUUAGCUUUAUUUCCUUUCAUUCUUUUUCUAAUCUCUUUACAAGAUCUCGGAAGCCGAAAUGGAAGGCUUCCGGAGACGACGGAUAGACUUGCACAAGUGAACAAGAUUUAUCGUCCAUGUUCAAAAAUGACAAAGAAUGAAUGAUGAACAAAACAAGGGUUGCAUCUUUGGGGGUUUGACUGCGCUUGUUUUAUUUCUUGCUUUGCUCCGUGUGGGACUGCUUCCUCCUCUUUCUUGCUUGUUUCUUCCUGCUCUGUUUUGCUGUUGAUUCCUGUGGAACUUUGUAAGAACAACCCUCAUGACAGAUGCUCGUAGCUUCAACAUGAACCAGCCCCCCGUUGCUUGGACUGAAACACUUUUGGUCCGAAAGUCGCAACAAUCGGCUCAAUGAGUCUUUGAAUUAAAGAAAAACAGAGGGGGCCACAGUCAGCCGACCCUUCAACUGUCCCGCUACACGGCUGCUGUACAUGUCCUCACCCAUCUCCAAAAGGUCUCAGGCCCACCACCACCCCUUUAAUGGAAAUCUCAUACCGUUCAAUCCAAAUGACAGGAUCCCAGACGUAAACACCUAUUGUAAGAGGACGCUGUAUUUUAUAAAUGGAUACCCACACUGCCAUUUGUUGUAUGAAAUUUAAGCCAAUAAAGCUUUAAAUCACCGAGACCCCUCCAGGUACACCGAAGGUAAACCUUCUCAUUUGUCUUCUGUUUUUCGUUUCAGUGACAAAUACCUAUUUUACUCCAUGUGAAGGGAUAAUAAAGGGGCUAUUGAGGAAGUAGGCGUUUAGUCCGAAGGAUUUUCCACGGUGUUUUGAUUCUCAAAUGAAUCAAAAAAUCUCAUAUGUCUCCACCAUCAGUGCUCUCUCAACAGCUGUUCAGGUGUUACUCAUCUUCAGUGGUCAUGUGGGCUCGUAAAAGCUUUGUAAAAUCCUCCUGUUUGGUCUUAUUAAAGCACCAAACUCAAAGUUUUUAGUGAUGUUGGUCUCCUGGGCAGUGGUCUGUUUAGUACGAAUCAUUUGGGACUUUCUCCUGAACCAGAUAUCCAGCUCUUAAUUCAUAUCCCGAGGUCAUUGUAACUGCCAACAUAGGCAACAUGGAUCAACUGCAUUUUAAGCAAGGAAGAAAAUGACCCACCACUAUAAGAAAGCAGUAACACAAAAAAUGCAUUGGAUAGUACGGCCCAAUAUUAGGCUUCUGAUGUGUGAAAGAAAAGCUCUCCUCAGUGAUGUUACUGUGGGUCUAUGUCUCCUAUAUAGCACUUAUAAAUGACAUGAGAAAAGUAACAUCAACAUCAUAUCUUGCACUGUGAGGUUUUAUAAUCUGUCUGCAGGCAGUGUUAGAACAACAUCAAGAGUUUCUCAAGUGUCAACGGGAAUCAGUGAAAAACAGACUGAAGACUCUGGCAGUUCACCAGUCGGAGAUCGCAGUGAGUUUUCGAGCCAGACAUGAAACAGUUCUGAUGCAUUUCCUGGUGCACAAAACAACAAAUUUCCCAGUCAGUAGAGAGCAUGCUCUCCUGGUUGGGGAUGAGUAUAUUCCCCACUGAAAUGAGUUAGAAAAGUUGUUGGGAAGUGUCAACUAAGAAUUCCAUUGGUUUCUCCUGAGAACCUGUUGGACCUCAUCUAAGCAGCUCUAUACUCGCAAUACAAUGUCAUUUGACGUUGCUUUUCUAUGUAUCAUUGUCUCAGAGAAAGUCUCUUGCGAUAAAAGAGAGGGUUGUGGUCCAAUAUCAGGAGAUCCAGGCU